AUGGCUCCAAUGGUCACGACCGGGCCUGGAUAUGCCAUUUUCAAUGACUUGCGGCGAAGGAUGGGUAUUUCUUCCUCACAACCUGUCCCUACCUCAAGCCGCGAUGUCAACGUUGGUGCCGGACCUUCCCCUAGUAGCCCGGAGCCCAAGUCCCGCUUUGCUAGCCCAGACAUGGAUGACGUAGCCGCAUCUCAGCAGCUCAUGGACGAGGGCGCGCGCGUCGACCCCACGUAUGAUACCACUCAACAGCUUCCGCAGUCCGACGCCGCUCACGACAAGCCCGCAUCUGCGCGGAAAAAGCGCAAGAAGAACAAGUUGAAGGCGACGCAGAAACUCCCCGAGACCUCAUCUGCGAACACACGGAAUGCUGCCAGUCCACCCGCAAGUCCAGCAUCCUCGCCAUUUCCCUUCCCAGCGACCCAGCCAGAAGCUGAAGAAAUCACCGGCCCAGUGUCGGGAAGCCUUCAGAUGGUGCCGAGUACAUCGCAAGCAUUGCCUACAAUUGACGUGCCUGAUUCUCAGGUCGCCGCUGUUCCCGUCUGCACACCCGCUUCGCCACCGAAAUCCAGCUACGCGGUGCCUUCCAGUGUCACCAAGACCAAGCGCACGUACAAGAAAAGCAGGCAAUUGAAGAGAGAUGAGAUUGCUCAGGACGCUAUUUUCGGCGAGACUGUAGACCAACUCGCAGACACAAACACAGGCACAGAAGACCCAAUUUCGCCUUCGCACACGACUCCUCAGCGCAAACGUCCACGAAUCAGGGAUACAGACGGAGGAUCACUAGGAACUGUAGACGCAACGCCUGCACCGGCUAAAAGGCGGAAGAUUGGUACACCCAAGUCGGCAACUACCCUGCAAGAUCUUCUACAGACAAGCCCCAAUGACGAUGCCGAUACGCAGCAAACCAGAAAGACGAAACUGAAGCGAGUAAAGAAGCCACAGACGCCUAUUGCAAAAAUCAAGGACAUUUAUGAUAUCCCAGAUGAUGAAACAGAGCCUACUAACGGGGCUGGUGAAGCUCUUUCGCCAUCUGCGAAUAAUGGAUUUGUGCAGUCUGGUGAUGGAGAGGAAGGUGAACAGGUGCAAGUAGAUUCGACUCGUAAGAAGCGUAGUGAAAAGAAAAAGAAGAUAAUGAGUAAUGGCGAUGUCUACGACUGGCAUGCCUCUGUGCGCAAACCCGGCCAAAUACCGAGUGCAUUACUAAGCAACAAACAAGACGACGACAUAUUGAUGCAAGAUCCCAUAUCUACUGAUGACGAGGACCUCCCAUAUGCUCCCUCUGAAGAGGAAGGAAGUGAAAAGACACAAAAGAAGGGAAGCAAGGAAAAGGGGCUGGAGCAAGAGAAGGAGAAGAAGGAGAAGAGAGGGCGGAAGAAAGCGCAGAAGAAGGAACGUUUAGACGGUACAGGCGUGAUAAAGAUUCGCAGAAACAACGGCAGCAGUAUUAGUGAACUUUCGUCUGCUGAAAGAGCGCUCAGUGCCUCUCGAGACCUUGGCCACCCUCCGGAUCUGCGAACGAAUGGCGACUUCACUGAGGACGAAGAGGAGCUGAUUCGGCGAGCCAUCCUAGAUUUUCAACAGCGAAAGGGGUUGGAUAUUUCCGAACUUGUUGAGAUUAUCCAAUGGAACCAGUAUGAUCCUAGGUUUCAUCGCGAUCCGGGUGUCAACCGGAACAAGAGUGAUUGGACACCUCAGGACCGCGAGGAUGAGCGAGAGAGCACGGAAUUCUGGAACGAAAUCAAGAGCAUUGGAAUGACUCGGUCACAUGACAGAAUGAGGAGGCAUAUCCGUCAAUUAUAUCACCAAUUCAGGAGCGGUGCAUGGACAGAAGAGGAGGACCAGCAGCUGCGAAAUCUCCAGGCUGCGCAUCCAAACCAAUGGAAGCUCAUCUCAAUUACCAUGGGCGACCGUUCGAUGCACGACUGCGUGAACCGAUGGCGGGACUACUUGCAGUACGGCGAACAACGAAAGACUUCUCGCUGGACUGAAGACGAAGAAAAACUCCUCAUCCGUGCUGUGACGACGGUUGCGCAAAGAGAUGAAGAUCACCGCGCCGAGACAGGAAGGCCGCCACUGGACACGUACACCAAUAAACACAUUAGCUGGCCUCAAGUUGCUCGCGAAAUGGGUAACUCUCGCAGCCGCAUUCAGGCCUCGGUCAAAUGGACUCAAUUGAUGAAGCGUGAUAAUCCACCGCAGAUUGAGAUAGAAUACAAGCCUAGAGCAUCAACCGCAGCGUUGAUUGAUGCGCCCACAAAGAAGAAACGCAAGCAGAGACGAAACAAGGACACGGGGGAUAAGAAUGUGUACAGGUCUCGAGACAUUAUUGAGGACUCAGAUGUGGAGGAGAGAGAAAACCCCGAGAAGGAGGCCGACGAUGAACCCGAACCUGCGACAAGGGUUACAGCGAGUAAGAAGCGUCGUCAACCCGAGGAACCUUCUGACGAGUCUCAAGACCGGGGACCAGAAGAGGACUUAGGUCCAGAUAAUGGGCCAGCUAAUCCGCCGCCCCUGGAGAAGAAGAAACGUAGACGACCACGCAAGAGCGAAGCAACGGAAGCCAAUAAGCCUAAGAAAAUUAACGAAGCAAGCAUGGCAAGAGAUGAGUCAGCAGACAGGGAAGCAGAGGAAGAGCAUGUCAGUGGCGAGCUAGGCGAUUCACAUUCUAAGAAGAAGAAGGAUAAGAAAAAGAAACGAUCGCGAAAAAGUGAGAUUGAGGAAGUUGACGAGACUGAGGAAGGUCAAAGAGAGAAGGAUGAUGUAGGGGAGAGUCGUGAAGAAGAUGAAGAUGGAACUCGACAGGAUGAAGCCGAAGAUGAGCAGGAACAGGAACAGGAACAGGAACAGGAACAGGAACAGGAACAGGAACAGGAGCAGGGGCAGGGGCAGGAUGAAGCACAAGCCAGCGAGCAAGUUUCAGCGAAAGCUAGAGAUGAAUCGGCGGUUGGGUCGGCAGCUUCAUCGGGCGAGGAGGAAAAGGGCGUGUCUGAGCCGUCGGACGGGCCGGGUGUAGAUCAGAUGCUGUGGGGCGACAAGUAUGAUCUUAUCUUCAAGCUCCAGGAUCGCAGGGACGACUAUGAAGAGGAGAUUGACUGGGAAGAUGUGCGCAAAGACCAAGGGUACCCUUGGUCGACGGAAACACUCAAGACAGCGUUAGAUGAGUUAAUUGGGCUGAUUGGCAAGCGUGGGCGAGAAGUGGACGCAGAUGACUUUCCAGGGACGAUUGACGAUGUCAUGGAUUUCAUAAGCGAAGAGCAUGGCGCUGAGCUUGAGGAGCACUACCAACCCGCGUAG